AUGCGGAUUCCAAUAGCCGUGCAGCUUGGGCUGCUCGUCCUUUUGACGACCUUGAGUGGAAUCGCCAUUCUUGCCAUCGCAACAUGGUUUACGACAUAUGAGUUCGUUGUCGAAGUCGGCUCGCAAGGACUCGAACUCGUCGCAUCGAUCAAGGCCAGUCAGAUUGCCUCGACUCUGGAGGUGCUCGAGGUCACCUGCAAAACGAUUUCAACUCGCAUUCUGAUCCAAGCUGCCCUCAAACGCAAUAUCAAUGGUAAUACCACCAGCGGCAAUUGGGAUGACUCCCUGCUAGAUUUCCAAUCCGCCUUGGGAAGCCGGGGCUAUCUCAGCUUGUAUCAGGUGAUGCUAUAUUCUCGCGAUGGCAAGCAGGGCAGCUCUCGACUGCUGAACGUCACGAGUGACUCUUUACCAAAAAUCACUCUUCCGUGGACCGCCGAAAAUGGGAGCGCCGUACAGUUGGGAAGUACCGUCUUCCCACCUUCGCUGUAUCCAAACAUCACCUAUUCGGAAUCUUCGACUAAAGGUGGCACGUCUUCCCCCGCAGCGUAUGCGUUUCCCGACUACCCGCUGAACUUGCAUACUGCCCUACUGUUGGGACCUCUCUGGGUCAAUGAUUCGUUCUCGUUGGUAUCUCUCACGCUACCGAUCGUCAACAACACCUCGGACACCGAGCUGCUCGGGUUCAUGACGGUCCUGGCAAGCGCCGCAAGUAUUCAAGACGUCGUCGCAUCUCGCGAUGGCCUCGGAAAGACUGGACAAGUGCUGUUGAUCGGCCCCGCACGCCCCCAAAAUCGAUUCGCCAAGGAUGCACAGCCCGCGACACCGAGCACUGCACCCGACUCGGCAGCGUUGGCGGACUCUCAGGUUCACUAUGUCUUUGAACCUACACCACUUCCCGGUCAGCAGACCCGACACAGCAAGUUGACCACCAGUGACUCGUUCAGUCUGUCCUCCUACAAGGCUGCGCUGGAGGCGAUGAAUCGGCCGUAUGCGUAUGAGAACAAGUCCCUCAGUCGACUGACGACAACGAACGAGGAAGGCAAUUCCGUGGCAGUGGGUAUCAUUCGUCCCCAGACAAACCUGACCCAGUGGAUUCUCGUCGUGGAGGAGACCCAUUCUGAGGCGUUCAGCCCCGUCUACCGCUUGAGAAAGAUCAUCCUGGCGUGCUUCUUUGGUACUGCCGGUGCAAUCCUGUUGUUGGUCCCUCUGCUUGCCCAUUUCGCCGUGGCCCCUAUUCGAAGACUGCGCGAGGCAGCACGAAGAUCUGUGAUUCUGCAAAUGCCAAGUCCGCCGUCUUCACGCCAAGCACCGCAACGACUCAAUUCCGCCGACAGUGAUCCAGAAGGCCUCGAAGGGAAGAUCGACGAGAAAACUGGGCCGGUCGCGUGGAUCAAAGCGAUCCGGCGGCCAGCGAAGCGACUCAGCAGCGCGAACACUGUUGCGGGCGAUCCCGCUCGCCGACCGUUCCAGAUCCCCGCCCGUGUCAAGGAAAGACGACACUGCGUGAGAGAUGAACUCACUGAGUUGACUAGCACCUUCAACGAGAUGUCCGACGAGCUGAGCAUUCAAUAUAAUCGUCUGGAGGAGCGCGUGGCCGAGCGGACCCGGGAGUUGGAGAAGGCCAAAUUGGCCGCCGAGACCGCCAAUGAAAGCAAAACCCUGUUUAUUGCAAACAUCUCUCACGAGCUGAAAACGCCACUGAAUGGAAUUCUCGGAAUGUGUGCGGUCUGUAUGGGAGAAGACAACCUGGGCCGAGUCAAAAAGUCUCUUCAAGUGGUGUACCAGUCGGGUGACCUACUUUUGCAUCUUCUCAACGACCUUUUGACUUUCAGCAAGAACCAAAUCGAACAGGCAAUUCAAUUAGAAGAAAAGGAGUUCCGUCUCUCCGAUGUCCGCGCCCAGUUGACCACCAUCUUCCAGAACCAGGUGAGCGAGAAGAAGAUCAACUUCAGUGUGGAUUGCUUUGCGGGCAAUGAGGUCCAAACCGGUCCUUUAAGUCAACUAUCCCCUGAUCACGAUCUCGGACGACCACGAUCAAGUUUCGACACCACAAAUCCGACAAAACUCAUGGACAUGGUACUUUGGGGUGAUCAACAUCGUAUUCUCCAAGUUUUGAUCAAUUUGGUAAGCAACAGUCUCAAAUUCACGCCCGAGCGAGGAACCGUCGAAGUCCGAAUCCGCUGCCUAGGCGAACAACACGGCCCAUUGGAGGAAAUCGAUUUCUCUGUCGGCAGUCGUUCCGGUAACCCGCAAAUGCUCCUUGACACGACACCCAUCCGCAAGAACGUGUCAGAAAAGCUGCAAGCGGUCGAGAGGUCAAGUGAAGAUCAUAUCUCGAUGAUUGCUCGACUGCCGCAACUGGUCUUCCAGUUCGAAGUUGAGGACAAUGGCCCUGGUAUUCCUGCACACCUUCAUCGGCGGGUCUUUGACCCAUUCGUGCAAGGUGAUCUCGGAUUGAAUCGCAAAUACGGUGGCACCGGCCUGGGACUAAGCAUUUGUGCUCAACUAUCCCGCAUUAUGGGUGGAUUGAUUCUCUUGGACAGCCAGGAAGGCCGCGGAUCUCAGUUCACUUUGCGCAUUCCUUUGAGAUUUGUCAAGGAAGUCGCGCCUAGCACACUGGCCCCUAGUACGCCCGGCUCGCGAACGCCCAGCGUGCUCUCGUUGGAAGAAUUCUCGAAUGCGGCCCGGACCCCAUCGAAUCACUCCGUGCGGAACGAGACUGUUGCGCCUGGAUUCGAAAAGUCUGAAGUUCAGCCCCGUCUAGUCGGUUUAAGCCAGCCCUUCUUCACUCCCACUGUUCCUGCCAACUCGCCUGCGUCUCCACCCAAUGCGAACGGCGAUCUGGACGUCCAAGAAGAUGGCACGAAAAAGAUCCGUGUGCUGGUGGCUGAGGACAACAAAGUGAAUCAGGAAGUCGUGCGACGAAUGUUGGCACUUGAGGAAGUGUACGAUGUGACCAUGGUCAAAGACGGACAGGAAGCGUUCGACACGGUCAAGGCGAACAUGGACAAGGGCACAGUAUUUGAUCUGAUCUUCAUGGACAUCCAGAUGCCGAAUCUCGACGGCCUUCAGAGUACGCGGCUCAUCCGUGAAAUCGGUUAUUCCGCCCCUAUUGUGGCUCUUAGUGCCUUUGCCGAAGAGAGCAAUAUCAAAGACUGCAUUGACAGCGGCAUGGACAUGUUUAUGAGCAAACCGCUUCGACGACCUGUGCUCAAGCAAGUGCUUCACAAGUUCGCCACGAUUCCAGAGGAAUCCGAGUCCAAUGCUUCCUAA